AAACCUAACCUUUGUAAAACUACCAAGAAACCGAAUGUUCACUAUCUUCACGAUCGACUGUGUCCUAGGAUCUGGGCUUGAACUGGCUUGCAUUCGGGUGGGGAUAACACAAGUCAAAGUCGCAAUUCAAAUUGGUCGCGCUUUCUGUUUUCCGAGUUCCGCUGUUGUGCAGUUGCAGAGCUUUAUUCUAUGGUCAGAGACCGCAGCCCCCGUAGCUGUGCAGUAGUUCAAGCUGGGUCUAGGUUGUUCCUCCUCUGUUCUUUGUUAGCUAUGGUAUUUCACUGUACGCUGGUCUGCAAUCUCUGUGGGCGGAGAUCGUAGACAGACCGCCAUAGUUGAACAGUACGGUCGUCGCCGAAUACCGUUUAGACGCGGACCAUAGCAUCUCCCGGUGGAACGCAAAUUUUCUGGUCAAACGGUUGUCGGGAGUAGAAAUAUGGGUGAAGACCUACGUGUCACGGUUCGUCAACUGGAGGCAGACCUGAAGCAGGCGGCCGAGAUUGGAAAAACUCUCAUAACCAAGAAUGGGCACUUGGAGGAGGAGUUGGAACACACUCACAAACGCUAUGUCGCCAAGGUCGAGAAACUCGAACAAGAGUUGCACAGCACGCGGAUGAAGUUGGAAUGUAGCAUUGAAACGGAGAAAUGUCUCAGUGCUGAUCUGGAACAUGCCAGGGAUCAGCUUGCUAAAUCAAAAAAGGAGUCCUUGGCAUGUCAAGCGGCACUGAAAAAGCUUCAAGCUGUUCUUGAUGAGAAGGACAACACGUUAUCAGACAAGGCCUUCGUGGCUGAAAUAGAGAAGCUGCAGAAGCAAGUACGUCGCCUCGAAGAGCAGCUGUGUGAAAGUCGGCAAAUGAAUGAACGCCUCCUGUCUCACAACACCAGCGCUACAGCGAGCAGCCCGGAUGCCCUGGACUCCUCGCGAGCCGCGUGCGAGCAGGAGAUGCAUCUCGUGAUUGGACAAUUGCACAAUGAAAUAGACGAGCUGAAGGCUGAAAAGGAAGCAGCAUUGCAGCACCUUGGCGAAGCAGAAGACCGACUGAAAGCGACCUUGGAUGACUUAUCCGCACAAAAAACACUCUGUCAAAACCAAGAGGAUGAAUGUGCAGAACUCCGUGCACAGUUGGAGAGCCUGCAGAUGGACCAGCUGGAUCCCAAGCGGCGAGGUAAUUCCCUCUUCUCAGAAGUGGAAGACCGGCGGCUGAAGCAGGAGCAAGAGCUCUUAUCUAUACGCACACGCUAUCGUGCGCUGCAGGAGCAGGAACGCUUUUUGCGGGAGGAAGUUCGGCGUACUCGGAACCAGAUGGCCCUGAUUCUGGCCACGGGAUCAGUCAACAAAGCAGACGCCCGCCAGCUACGUCUGCUUCAGGAGACCCUAACAUCCACCAAUGCCGAGAUUUCUCGCCUCACUGGUGCUUUGGCAAGGCAGACCAGCGAGCAGGCUUCACUAGACAACGUACUGUCGGACGGUAACCCUCUGGCAGGACUUCUGAAAAUGGAGAGGCAGCGAGUGAGGGAGUUGGAGAAGGAGCGAGCAGCGCUACUGAAAUCCAUUUCUGAACGGCAACUGCGUGAAGAUCGCCUGCUCCGGGAGACCCACGAGGCUGCUCAAAAGGCCGAAGCCUUGGAGGCCCGUCUACUAAAGGCCAUGGUUCGCAAGAGCGAGGAGCAGCCCUUAUCUGCAGGCUUGGAACACAGGAAAGAAGUCUAUGAAAACCUGGGCAUGGUCGAAGACAAGCCACCAGUGCUGCGGGAGGUGAUACCAAUGCAACCAAAAGCUGAAACCAUCGUGACUUUGGCCUCCAAGUCAGCUGACAGUUCUGAAGGCUGUGGUGAAACAGAGUCGAAGGGCCGCAGUGGUGCACGCCCUAAGGUUACAUUUGAGGAGCGCUGCACUAAAGAGAACGAGCCUGACACAGAGGCUGACAGCAAGAAGUUCAAGCGUCGCGGCACUGUCGUGAAACCCAAGCUGCAAGUGCAAAACUCUGGAAAGGUAGUAACUGAAGUGCCAGAGUGUAAACAGCAGUGAUGGUGCAUUUAUUCUGAUGUCUUUAUGUGGUUUUAUGUUAGUACCUUUUACUUCACUGCUCUUAAUUCUCUGAAAGUGCUAGAUGUAUAUUUCUUUAUACUGUCCGCGAGGAAUAAUCAAGAAUGAAUGUUGUAAUUAGUAUGCCACCUUUUUUGUCUUGCACUACAGUCCAGCAUCAAUAACAAAAUCAGCUGGAAAUUGUAAAGCUUUGUUACCUAUCCUUAACUUGGUGUCAAAAGCUUCUAUGUACUCCCUGGUGCAAUUUUCUCAUCUUGUGUAUACAUUUUAUUUGUACUCUUUUACUUUAUUGACAGGGGGUGUAAGUUGUGUAUAUUGACUCGAAGUAUUGUGAACCAGAAUUUUAAACAUUUUAAUAAAAUUGUUUUUGCACACAAUGUUUUUCUUUCAUCCGAUAACAUUUGUGUAGCGGCUGCUUACCAAAACCUGCGGCCAUAAGUGUCAUGUACAUAUAACUAUCCAAAAAUCAAGAAGGGGGCCGACAGAUCGAGUAACACACUGCGGUAUAAAAGAUACCACUGGGAUAAGGUGCCUCAGAAAGGCUGGUCUACGUUGUGAUAGUGGGCCUAUCUUUGAUAAACGUGGCCUUGUCAUCCUCGGCUAGCUGUAAAGGAAGAGAC